GAAUAGAAGAAUGGUAGAGAUAUUUACGAGCAUGAUCACUACAGAGUGUAUGAAUAGAACAAUUAAAUUUGCAUUCUAUAAAAGGUUAUUGAAGGCAUAAUUUAACUAAAUCUUACACCUUGUGUAAACUUAUCCUAGCUUGUGUAAAUAUAUAAAUGUAGUAACCUCCAGUAUAUUUUGUAUUGUGGAAGAAUUUUUUGCUAUUAUUUAAUGACCAAAUAAUUUUUGGCUUGUUCUGUCAAGUGCCCUGCUUACCACAACGAUCAUUGCACAUUCUGGGUUAUAUUUUUGGUGCACGCAUUCUCUUUUGUUCUGAUGUAAAAUUUUUAUGUGUUGAGGGGAGACAAAUGAGAAUGACAUGCGGCAUUGAUUCCCUGGAUGUUCUUUUUCUGUAGGGUUCAGAAGGAUGUAGUUGAAUCCUUGCGGAUGCAAAAUCCAUUAAUACUCAAGUCUUCAUUUAAUCGUCCAAAUAUAUAUUAUGAAGUUAGAUACAAAGAUCUAUUGGAUGAUGCUUUUGCUGAUUUAUCUAAUACACUCAAAUCUCUGGGAGAUGUCUGUGCAAUAGUGUAUUGCCUUGAACGUUCAAUGUGUGAUGACUUAUCAAGUAAUCUAUCCCAAAGUGGUAUUUCAUGUGCUGCUUAUCAUGCAGGAUUGAAUAAUAAAAUGCGAACUUCGGUGUUAGAUGAUUGGAUUUCUUCUAAGAUAAAAGUUAUUGUUGCUACUGUGGCUUUUGGGUAUGUUUUUCCCUUUUUAUGUUUGUAUCUCAUGCAAUUAUUUCUUUGAAGCAUGCCAUUACAUGUUGGUGUGUGCUGUGGGGGGUUGAUGAAUUUUGUGGCCCUGUUCAUAGUAGUGGCCAUAAGAUCUACGGAUUACAAUGAUUUCUGGCAUGAUACUUGGUGCGACAUCUACCAAGCUAAAAUGCUCUGUGAUGGGACUUUUGUAGAGACCAAGGGCCAUGGAGCCAUGAUGGUGCGCAAGCAUGCUGUUAACUAUUCUUUCACAUUCCUUAGUCCAAUGUUGAUUUGGCUUGUAUAGAGAUUGAAAAUAAUAUUGAUAGAUUAAAAUACAAUAAAUUACUAAAAUUAAUUUUAUUUUCUUACAAUGUGUAGCAGAAUGGGUCAAAGUGUGAGGAACAAAAAUGUAAUUAGAAAUCUGAGUAUGAAUAUUUUCACUUGUGUUAAAAUAUAUCUACAUCCUUUUCUGAUUUUAGUAUGAUGCAAAUAGAUUUUGAUUUAUUUGAGGUUGUGAUAUAUUUCUUUCCAUUCUUCCUAAUCUUUGCCUGGAGCUGUGCUGUUGCAUGUAGUUACUGAGCCUUUGGUCUUCAUUUA